AUGGACAAGAUAACUUCCAACAUCUACCAUCUGGAUCGUGCCAAACUGUAUGAAACAGAGAAGCCUUUCAAUUGGUCCGCCGAGCUCGCCUGCCUGCCUGGUCUCCCGGGUUCCAAUCAUGUCUUCACAUCCCAAACCGUCAACAUCAACAAUGUCCGUGGAUGCACCCCUCCUAGCCUUGAUACCCAAGGCUUUGAGUUUGUCAAAUCGACUACGUCGCUGAAGCCCGAAGACUUUGACAAUGACAACCUAAUUCAAACCACCUUCUACUCCGAAAUUGAGAAAGUGUUAUUUGAACAACUUCCAGAUGUCACUGCCGUCGCAUUUCUCGGUCAUCAAGUCCGGAAGCGCAGUACCAAAUUUCCGCGGGAAGAGGGUGCUCUGGUUCCUGCUGCCCAGCCGCAAACAAUGGCACACGUCGAUCUCACAAUGCAAGGAGGCAAGGAUCGUCUACAGGUCUAUUUCAAAGACAACCCGGAGCUAGAAAAGAGGCCAUGGCAGAUGCUCAACGUGUGGCGCGUCCUGAAAGGUCCCAGCAAUGAUUGGCCAUUGGCGCUCUGUGACUACCGCAGUGUGGACGUUGAGCACGACACUGUGGCGAAUGACAUAGUUGUUGCGCAUGGCGAUGGCUACAUUGAGAACUCGUUGCUCUACUUCAACGAGAAACAUCAGUGGUUUUAUAAGAGCGAUAUGGAUGUUGACGAUCUCAUUAUAUUCCGACAGACAGACUCCAGUGGAGCGAAGCCCAGUGAGAAACAACUUGAUCCCCAUUUCUUCCCUUUUCCUCUUUCUUGA